GAAAUUUGGUGCAAGUGCCUUUAUGAAAAAAUGGUGGAGGAUGGAGGAUACUUUCAUGUUCAGUUUGGGACAUCGUCUGCUAUACCGCGACCAAAGAGACAUUCUGAUGAUUCGAUCACAAGAAGGUCACGAUACAUCGCAGAUCUUUUGGGUGUUGCGCUGCUUGGUCAAAUAACAUUAAUCCCGUACAAUUCAGGUGAUCAUUGGGUGUUAGUUGCAAUUGACAUGGAGAUGGGUAGUAUCUAUUACUUAGAUUCCAUUGGAGCUAUUCCACCAGAUGACCUGAAGAUUAUUGUGACUCAAGGAGUACAAAUACAUCAUGCAGCAAAGUUCAAGGAUAGGUUAAAAGUGAAGUGGAUCACAGUCAUGUGCCCAAAGCAAAAAGGAUCUGUAGAAUGUGGGUACUAUGUAAUGAAGUAUAUGAAAGACAUAGUGGCUGAUGUCCAUAUUCUGAAGAACAAUUUUUCUGCAGUUCAGGAGUAUUGCGAAGAAGAUAUUUUAGCGAUACGUGAGGAGGGGAUUUCGUAUGCAGCUACCUUGAUGAAUAAAGUUUUGUGAGCAUGUAGUACUCCAAGUUGGGCUCUGGUAGAUGGAUUUGGAGAAGAUUUUG